AUGCUUCUUCAAUCCGCUUCAAGUUUGCUUCAUGAACACUACAUUUCAGUCAUCAGUGCUAUAAUCUUACUGGUAUUAGUCUCGCAGGUAUACUACCAACUGUUCGUCAACCCUCUUGGCAAAUACCCCGGACCCAAGCUUGCUGCUACAUCACGUCUACCUCAACUCUACCACACUCUCAAAGGUGACGUGGUUGAAUGGGUUAAUGGACUACACACCACGCACGGUGAUGUAGUCCGCGUCGCCCCAGAUGAGCUAAGCUAUGCGACUGGCGAGGCGUGGAAGGGAAUAUAUGGCCACGCUUCUGCAGGGAAACAAGUCACGGAGAAGGACCUUCGAUUCUACGGUUCAUCGUUUAAUGGAGCUCCAGAUAUUAUCCGGGGAAAUGGGUCUGACCACGCCCGCUUUCGCCGCAACUUCUCUCACGCCUUUUCGGAUCGGGCGCUUCGAGAACAACAACCUUUGAUCUGCAAAUAUGCGGAUACUUUAAUCGACAAGCUCCACAGAACGAUCGAGGAGGACCCCGAGGCGAAGAUCAAUAUGGUCAGCAUGUUAAACUUGACGACUUUUGAUAUAAUCGGAGAUUUGACCUUUGGUGACUCCUUGAAUCUGUUAGCUGGAACUGGUAACCUGGCUUGGGUAUCCGCAGUUUUUAUCAGCAUGAAAACCAAUACUGUCAGCAGGCUAGCGCGCUACUUCCCUUGGACCACUCCCAUUGUUCGGAUGCUCAUACCGAACGAACUGAAGCAACAAAGUAUCGCUCAUUACAAGGCGUCCCAGGAGAGUGUUGACAAAAGGAUUGACGCCAACCAUACGAUGUACAAACCUGACAUCUGGGGUAUUGUCAUGAAUCAAAAGGAGAGUCUUCGUCUCAGUCGCGCAGAGAUGCAUGCCAAUUCCCAGAUUUUCAUGGUUGCAGGUACCGAGACUACUGCAACUGCGCUAAGUGGUUUGCUGUAUCGUCUCCUGAUGACGCCUGAAAAGAUGAGCAUCAUUGUAGAGGAAGUUCGCGGGGCUUUUGACAAAGGUUCUGAUAUUGAAAUAAGAGCUCUGGAGCACAUGCCAUAUCUCAAUGCAUGCAUUGAGGAAGGGUUGCGCAUCUACCCUCCAGUUCCAGUUGGUCUGCCUCGCAUCGCUCCUAAGGAUGGGUUGCUUGUUUGUGGUGAACAUAUCCCAGGAAAGACUGUUCUGUCGGUUCAUCACUGGGCUACCUAUCGCAACGCUCAGAACUUUAGGUUGCCAAAUCACUUCAUCCCUGAGCGUUGGAUUAGCGACGAGUUUGCCACUGACAACAAGGCUGCAUUCCAGCCAUUCUCAUUCGGCCCUCGCAACUGCCUUGGAAAGAAUCUGGCAUACCACGAAAUGCGGCUCAUUCUGGCCAAGCUGCUGUACAGCUUCGAGCUUUCUCUUCUCCCGGACUCCAUUGGCUGGGAAAAACAGAAAACCUUCCUGUUGUGGGAGAAGAAAGAUUUGAUGGUUCAGCUGAAGGCGAGAAAAUAA